AUGGCGGUCGCGGCGAUGACGGCGGCGUCGCCGGCGGCGUCGGCGGCGGCGAUCGGGAUCGCCACCGCGAAGGCGUCGCUGCCGUUCGGCGCGGCGUUCGCCAAAGGGCUCCUGUGCAACUGGCUCGUCACGCUGGCUGUGUGGGGGACGAUGGCGACGACGAGCACGGCGGGGAAGAUUUUGGCAAUCUUUUGGCCCAUCAUGACCUUCGUCGCGCUCGGUUUCGAGCACAGCGUGGCGAACAUGUUCUUGAUCCCGCACGGCAUGUUCCUCGGCGCCGACGUCACGUGGUCGCAGAUGAUCUUCGGUAACAUCAUUCCGGUCACGCUCGGUAACAUCGCGGGCGCCGUGCUCUUCACCGCUGGCGCGCACUGGAUCGCGUACGGAAAGAAGUAA